GAGACGUUGCUCGCCUUCUGAUUUCCGAAGUUUACUCAGUGAGGAUAGAGCCUGAAUAAGCCAGAGAGGAAAAGAACUGCUGGUGAAUGCCAUGAGACAACAGGAUUGGGGUUUUUCUCUGAUUGUUCAAGUCAAGAUCUGUCUGCAUCAGAGUCUCUGGAGACUGAAGCUGGGACUUCCUUCCUCCCUAGAGGCCAGCGGGGGCCAUGAUUGCUGUAAGAGUAGGUCACGUGGCAAGGUUUCCUGUAUGCUGCUGCUGCUGCUGCUGCUGCUGCUGCUGGGUGCCCAUGGCCCGCACCCCCAAGUUGCCAUUGCAGCAGUAAGAGUGGCAUCUGGAGGCUCAGUCUAUGCCGGGCCACCUGACUGGUGCUGGUGAGGCUGGACAAGAGACCUUUGCAUCUCAGCACCUUGGAGAACAGAGCAGGUGUGUCACUGCAGUAGAGGACCAUGUUGCGUCGCAAACCCUCCAACGCCAGUGACAAGGAGCCCACUCAGAAGAAAAAGCUCUCGCUUCAACGCUCCAGCAGCUUUAAGGAUUUUGCCAAAUCCAAGCCCAGCUCCCCUGUGGUGAGCGAGAAGGAAUUUAACCUGGAUGAUAAUAUUCCAGAAGAUGACUCAGGUGUUCUUACCCCAGAGGAUUCUGGGAAGAGUGGCAAAAAGUUGGGAAAGAAGUGGAGGGCAGUCAUUUCCCGAACCAUGAACAGGAAAAUGGGCAAGAUGAUGGUGAAGGCUCUGUCAGAGGAGAUGGGAGACACACUGGAGGAGGGCUCAGCCUCCCCAACAUCUCCAGACUGCAGCCUGGACAGCCCCGGGCCUGAGAAGAUGGCCCUAGCCUUUUCUGAGCAGGAGGAACGUGAACUGCCAGCUCUCAGUCGGCAGACAUCAACAGGCAGUGAACUCUGUAGCCCUGGCCCAGGCUCUGGAAGCUUCAUGGAGGAGACACCUGCUCCCCAGUACACAGGGCCUUUCUGUGGACGUGCUCGAGUCCACACUGACUUUACUCCCAGCCCUUAUGACCACGACUCACUGAAACUGCAGAAAGGAGAUGUUAUCCAGAUCAUAGAAAAGCCACCUGUGGGCACAUGGCUGGGCCUUCUCAAUGGCAAGCUGGGCUCUUUCAAAUUCAUCUAUGUGGAUGUGCUGCCCGAGGAGGCUGUGGAGCCCGUGCGCCCCAGCCGCCGACAGAGCAAGGGCAAGAGGCCCAAGCCGAAGACUCUGCAUGAGCUGCUGGAGCGCAUUGGCCUGGAGGAGCACACAUCCACCCUGCUGCUCAAUGGCUACCAGACACUGGAAGACUUCAAAGAGCUGCGGGAAACACACCUCAAUGAGCUGAACAUCAUGGACCCACAGCACCGGGCCAAGCUGCUCACAGCUGCAGAGCUGCUGCUGGACUAUGACACAGCUGGCAGUGAAGAGGCUGAAGAGGGUGCUGAGAGCAGCCAGGAGCCCGUGUUGCAUACCGUGUCAGACCCCAAGGUGGACAUCCCACGUGACUCUGGCUGCUUUGAGGGCUCAGAGAGUGGGCGUGAUGAGGCGGAGCUGGCAGGCACGGAAGAGCAGCUGCAGGGUCUCUCCCUGGCUGGGGCACCUUGAAGGGAAGAUGGCAAAGGCCCAGGCUGAGCCCUAGCUGCAGAGACUGUGGGGAUGGGUGUGGCCUUCUAGAAUGGCUCAGGACCAGAGAGGACUGGUGCAGAAUCUGGCUCUGUGUCACCAGGGAAGCUUAUGGCUGAAGGCCCUGGCAGGGUGCUACAGGCUCAGGUAAAGUGGAUAAGGGGCUGUCCAAAGGCAUAUCCCAUCUUCUGGACCCUGUCCUCCACCAGUGACUGACAGUAUGGCCCCUUCUGGCACCUCCCAUUCUCUCACUAUGGCCAUGCAAGUGGAGCAGCAAGGGACCUAGCCAUUCCCUACGACCAAGGCCCCCCAAACCUUCUUACCCACACACCACAGCCACACUGCUUCUAAGAAGAACACCAAACCACUGUUUCAAACCAGUCUCAUAGCCCUGGGGAAGCUGGCUGUUUCAAAGGACCUCAGUUGGCUAUAGGCGAAUCCAGAAUUCCUUAAAUGAGGUUUGAAGGAAGCCACACAUACUAUUCCCACUAUCCUUCUCAGCGUUUUAGAGACCACUAAGUCACCAUGAGACUUGAACGAUAUGCCUGCCCUUCUUUUGGCUUCAGCCUGGCCAAGAUUCAAAUGGGAGGUUUUGAAGGUCCCACUGGCUGACAGUCUAUAUCUUUAAAUAUGUGCUCUCCAACUGCCUACCAUCCAGGACAUCAGUGGGCAUCUUGAGGAGGCUGGAGGGGCCUCUGGCUUUCCAAUGAAAUACUUUGUCCUUCUCAUCUAUGUCAUACCUUCCCAUGGGACUCAAACUGAGCAGUACCUUCACCCAGCAUAAAACAAUGCCUGUAUCUCAUAUGAUAAGUGUCCCAUUGAAAGAUUUCCCACAGGCUGGUUGAAUGACACGACUGCCUCUGUGCAAGCCAGAUGCAGGGAUGGGCCCAGAUUUGGUCCUUAAUGGAGAUCUUCACAAGCAAAAGAAGCCUUUUGCUUGACAAUGGAGGCUCCACUCAACCCAACAUUGCUCCACUAAAGGUUUUAGUACCCUACCUCCAAAGGGCGGGGAGAUCAUCACAUCUAUUACUGCCCCCCCCCACUUCAGUAGGAAGAGCAGCUCUUCCAGAUGCAGGGUCAACUGUGCUCACCACAGGUAAGCCUUAGUAAGUGGGCAUGCUUCUGAUCUACUACCAAGAAGUUUUGUAAAAUCUAGUUUGGGUGAAGCACUCGAAUGAUUGUAAAUAGGGGUUAUCAGGGAAAGACGUUAGUAACAAUAAAUAGCAAUAGAACUUAA